GACAUAACUCAUCACUCUUGAAUCGGAGGCGGGAAUGAGAAAAAAGAAAUAUAUUCGUAGUUUGAAAUGACAUUGUAUCCCCUUACAUGUUCAGAAAAAUAGUUUUUGAAGAUGCCUUCGAAGUUUCAGCUUGAUAAAGCAGCUUGGCAAUGGGCAGAAACAACUGAUCCUGACAAUGUCACAUUUGACCAUGUUCGGACAGCAUACAGAUUGAACUUAAAACCAUGUCCAUUAGGAUCUUGUAAACGCAACUGUAAAGGAAACCCCCUUUGUCUCAAUGCAAUUGGAGAACGAGUGUGGUUUGGGAAAAUUGAUGAUGAUGAUUGGCAUCAAAUUGAAGAUCCAAAUUAUGAGAGGCGUGAUGAUGAUAUGUUUGUUGGACUGAAAAAUCUUGGAGCCACCUGUUAUGUAAACACAUUUCUUCAGUUGUGGUUUCAUAAUCCUGUUAUCCGAAAUGCACUUUACAAAUUCCGAGAACCAGAUGAACAUGUUACCAGAGAUGUAACAGCAGAGUGGUCACCUUCUUCCAUUGGUGGUCAUCUUCAAGCAUUAUUUGCCUUACUUUCAUUAUCUGAGAGAAGAUAUUUAGAUCCUAAAGAUUUCAUAACACAUUUAGGUUUAGAUGCUGGUCAGCAGCAAGAUGCUCAGGAAUUUUCUAAUCUAUUCUUAACAUUAUUAGAAGAUGCCUUAUCAAGACAAAGGGAUGCAUGUGUGCGAAAUGUUAUUCAAAAUCAGUUCCGUGGAGAGUAUGCGUAUGUCACUACUUGUAAUAGAUGUGGGACAAAAUCUGAAAGACCAUCAACAUUCUAUGAACUAGAUUUAAGUAUAAAAGGACAUAAAACUUUAGAUGAAUCUUUAAAAGAUUUUUUACAGGAAGAGAAAUUAGAGGGAGAUAACCAGUACAUGUGUUCUUCGUGCAAUAGUAAACAAAAUGCUACACGGAAAAUACAUUUAAAAUACCUUCCGCCUGUCCUCAAUUUACAACUUUUAAGAUUUGUUUUCGACAAGAAAACAGGAAUGAAAAAGAAACUGAACAGCUUUAUUCAAUUUCCAGAACAAAUUGAUAUGACAAAAUAUUUGACUGUGAAUAAUUGUGCUGGAGAUCCAGCCAUGCCUGAAGGUGUGGAAGGGAAUUCUGUUACAUACAACCUUACAGCUGUAUUAAUACAUCGUGGACCCACUGCUUACAGUGGACAUUAUAUUGCACAUAUCAGAGAUAUAAACAGUAAAAACUGGUAUAAGUUUAAUGAUGAAGAGAUAGAGAAAAUGAAGGGAAGUAAACUUCAGUUGGGUACAGAGGAUGACCCAGAGGAGACGGGUGCUAAACAGAAAGGCAGAUGUCCAAAAGGAUAUCAUUCAUCACGUAAUGCAUACAUGUUGGUAUAUACACUAAAUGAAGAAGCUCCCUGUAGUACUGAUAGUAAGGCAGAAGCUCAACAACUUCUACCAGCUCAUGUGUUAGAUUAUGUCAUUAAAGACAAUGAAACAUUUGAAAAUUGGGUGUCUGAAUUAAUGUUAAUUAGAGAUCAGAAUAUAGAAAGUGGAAAGGAAAAACAAGAAGAAAUAAAAGAAACGUAUCAGAAACUAGCCUUUGAUAAACUGGAAGUCAAUGAAGGAGAAUGGAUUAGCCAAAAAUGGCUGAAUUCAUGGCUAACUGAUCCAGCUAAAGCAGAACCAAUAGACAAUAAACCUUCAUUAUGCAAACAUGACAAACUGUCCCCAGCAGCAGCCAUGAAACUAAAAUUUGUAAACUUAAAUGGUAGUGAAAGUUUAUGUAAUAGAUAUGAAGGAGGACAAAGGCUUAUUGGAGGAGAUAGCUUAUGUUUGCUUUGUGUCCAACAACAGUGCCAUGUGAUUAGGACAAAAAUUAAAAUGAUGGAAGAUGACAAACUUUUCGGCAGCAUGACCAAACCCAAUGUCAUUUCUGGUCCUAGUUACUGGGUAGGUAAAGCUUCAUUUAGGUCAUGGAAGAAAAUGGUAUUAGAGCAACUUGGAGAAAAUGAUGAUGAUAAGAGAGAUUCAACUGACAUUGAACCUUCUGUAGAAAAUGGUUUGAAAGAAAAAGAAAGUUCUGGUACAAAAGAAGAAGGGCAAAAAGAGAAAGAUAAUUCAAUAACAAUAGAUGAAACUCUGUCUAAAGAAGAAGAAAGCUUUAAAUUUAAUGAAGAUAUUCUCUGUGAAGCUCAUGAUAGACUUGACCCAGAUAUGACAUGUAGAAAGUUAGUCCCAGUAGAAGUUUGGCGUAGGCUCAAGGAAUAUUUUGCCAAUUGUCCAGAGUUUGCUAAAGAUGAUCCUGUUUGUGGACAAUGCAAUGACCAAAUGCGAAAUGAACAACAAACAAAAGAAUAUUUGAGAAAAUUGGCUCAAGAACAAAAAACAGCUCUUAAUGAUCUUCUAAAUGACAGAAAAAGACCAAUUACUCUGAAAAAACCAAUAGAAGUAUUUAUUUUAAAUAAAGCAUUUUUAGAAGAAUUGAGGAGAUUUAUUAAAGAACCACUAAAAUACCCCCCAAUUCAGAACAUAGGAAAUUCCAUUCUAAUAUGUGAACAUGAGGGUUACCUGUAUCCUCAGUCUCAAGGACAGUUAGAAUUAUAUGUAAACGAUAACUUUGUUUACACAUGGAGUUCAGAGUGGGACAAGAUCAGUCAAAUGUUCAAUGUGGAUUAUGAAAUAAGCAUUAUCAGCUAUGAAGAUGAUGACAAAAACCUAGGAAUUGUAACACUUCCACAAGUAUGUGACGAAUGUGUUGUUAGUCGUCUAAAUCAAGAAGAAAAUGCAAGGUUUGAUUAUGAUGAAGCAGUUAUAUUUGUACGCAAAAUUCCCAAGCAAUUGCAGAAGUCAGCAGGAUCCAGUUCUCUCAAUCCUAACGAGUCAGAGAAUUCUAAGGAUUAUGAUCCAGACUUCAAUCAGCAUGGUUCAAAGAAAAGAGGCAGCACAAGUGAUCCUUUAGAGGAACCUCCGGAAAAAUUGUCCAAAAAUGAAAAUGGAACAAGGAAAAGUCAACGUCAUAGAAAAGUGAGAGGUGAAAAAGAAGUGAAAGUAAAAUCUUCACAAACUUUGAAAGAUUUUAAGCUACAGUUAAUGAAAUUGUUUUCUGUGCCACCUUUUGAUCAAACUUUACUGAUGAAUGGACACAGUUUGUGUGAUGACACUGCAACAUUAGGUAGCCUACGUAUUGCACCAGGAUCCAUUAUCAUGUUACAAGCAGACGAACCUGCUGAAGACCUUUUAGUUUUACAAGAUAUGAUCCAAGUCUCUUCUGGGCCUGAAUCAGGCUUUAAAGGAACUGGACUUUUGGGAAAUUCAGAAAGAAUAUCAUAAUUAGGAUUUUAUACAGAGUUCUAAAAUUUUUAAAUUUAUGCAUCCAUCAUGUCCAUGUUUGAAAUAUUCCAUGUAAUCUGUCAAAAAAUUGCAACAAACAUGUAUGGCUAUUACAUUGGUAAUAGAUUGUUAUAACUUAAGUUUCGAUAACUUAGUUAAGAAUGAACAUAAUGAACCUAAUUAAAUUAUAAAUGGAAGGAUUUUCUGUCAUAGUUGUAGGGUAUUUAAAACAAGUGAUAUAUUUGUCAGAAUUGACCAACUUAUGUGUCAAACAUGGUGUCAAACAGCUGGAACUCUUUUUUUUUUUUAAUUUAUUCAGAUGGGAAAAAUUUUGAAAGCUUUUUCGAAAUUCAUUUUGGCAAAACUUUUCUUCAUUUGAAUGUAAUUGAUAUUGCAUUUGUAAAAUCAAAGCAUAGUUUUACAUACAAAUCAAUGGUAAAUUUAAAGAGAAAUCUUGGAAGCACUCUCCCAUUUUGAAAUUCAUUGGUUUUCUAUAAGCCAAGAUUUCAAGACUAAAUUUUGUGUUCAAAAGACUUUUUAUAGUGAAAUUUCUGAAAAUUUUAAUUGUAUGUUUUGGGUAUUUUUAUAAAAAUUACUUUGUAUUGUUGUCUCAUCUGGUCUACUGAUAUUAAAUUGGAACUUUCACUUUGAAUUGAACUUUGUGUAUCACUUGACCCAAAUCUUUCAUAUAAUGCAAGUGUAUGUGUUACUACAUAUUGUAUUAUAGACACUUUUCUCAUUGAUGUAUACGCCAAUGUUCUUCAAUUUAUUCUAUCUUUUCUUGUUUAAUUGUCUCAUCUGAGACAAAGGUAAACAAAUCUCUUCUGUUGGCCUCAACACUUCAAUGUAAAGUUUUCUGAUCAGGUCUAUAUCUGAAUAUAUCAGAUUUUGUGAACUAUAUAAAUUUUUAUUUCAUGCUCUAUACUGAAUUUAAUGUAUACAUAUUUUUGAUCAGGUUAGCUUUAGAAGCAUUUGAAAAGAGACAUCCACUCUCAUUUACAAGUAGUUAGUAGCAGUUCUGAAAUAUCAGUUUUUUUUAUUUUACUUAAAAGCAGGAAAGGCAUAUCUUUGUUUUUUAUUGUGUUUAGGGUUGCUGUCUCAUAGAUGUGUUCCCCACAUCUCUUUUUAUUCAUAAGAAACUUGACAUUUCAAUACCGGGUAGACAUAAUUAUUUGUUGAAACUAAGGUUUCAUGAAUUGGUUCCAGAAGUUUCCCAACAAGUUUUACACUAGGGGAUAGCUUCAAAACACAACAGUUUUCUACUUUGCAACCAUGAGGCAUAUCUUCUCAUUAUAUAAUAAUGGUCAGUAAAAGGUCAGAUUUUUGUGAAAUGGCAUAGUAAUCUAUUCAAAUAUUCUUGUAAGGUCAAUUUACACAUAUUAAAAUACUUAUAUACAUGUAUGAUAGGCUGUUUACCCUGAGUACUGUUUGUGUGUUUCAUAGACAUUUGCAUUUUUACCAGUAGUUUCAAGAUCAAUAAAAGAUCCUAACCCUGUUUAUGUUUUAAUGAUUUUGAAAUUUGUAUUUGUUUUAAAAUGUAUUAAAAUUCUGGAGAUAGAUCAUGGGUCUGUUAAUAUUUGGUCUGCUCUUCCAUUAGUAGCCAUUGAUCUUUGUUGCAAGCAAAUGUAACAGUUUUAAGUAUAAAAGAAGUAUCCACCUGUAUUCCAGCAUACAUUUUCAUUCAUAAAUGGUGAAUUUGACUUUUGUAUUUUAUUUUGUUAGAGUUACUCCCCUUUCAAAUGGCUUGUUUGAGUUGCUUCAAAGCAACCCUAUGGUGAGAGGUAUAUAAUAUAAAUUAUUGAUUUCCUUGAUAUAUUACAUACUAUCAUCUCUUGUUUACCCAAGAACUGUCCAAAAAGAAAAUGUUUGUUAAAAAAUUAAACAUCAGUCAUAUUGACUAAAGCUAGUACAUUUGUGUAGUAGUAGUACCAUGCAUACUGGGCUUUUUAAGGCGGCUUUUGCAUUUGUUUGCAAUUUUAAAUCAAUUCAGGAUUGAGGUUGUAACUUAUUACUAGAAACAGCUAUUCAUGCAGCAAAUCAGUGCUUAAUUUUAUUGUUCAUGCUGUUAAUUUAUGUGUUUGAAUUGUAUUAUAAUGAUUGUUAAGUGUAUAAUUUGUUGUAGUAAAAUGUUAAUUGUAAAGGUACAUUUUUUCCUUUAUUUCAACUGAUGUAAGUGUAUUUCCUAUGCGUUUGAAGUAUGAACUUUUAUAUAUAAAUGAUGCUUACUUGCAAUAUUUUUUUAAGAAGAAUGCACACUGAUAUACUUCUAACUAAAUA